UCCGUACCCGGAAUAUUCAUACAUCAUCAUGGCUGAGGAGAACGGAGUAUGUCAUGUGAACGGCGAGCCGGAAGUGGUAGAUGGCGAUCUGCAGAACGGUGAACCCGAUGAUGAUGACAAAGAGUAUGAAGCCCUUGAUUUGGAGCUGGAUCAAAUUAAUUCUUGUCUUGACAAGUUGGAGAACUGGAAUGAUUCCCUUCGGAGUAGAAUGAAGGAUAUGCUUGAAACUAUGCAGAAAACAAGAAUAGAGAGAGAAAUACAAACCAACCAGGAUGAUGGGCACAAUGGCACACAGCCCUGAUUACA